AUGCUCUCUCGCCCUGAAACGGCCCUACGCGCCCGUACCUCAGCCCCAAGCGGGCUGGAGACUCGGCGUGGCGCAGUGCGUAUCGUGCUUAUGCACUUAUCAUCAGACACCAUGGGGUCUGCAACAGGCGACAGCGCUGAGGACAACCGCUUCGACGGCUUGUUUGCAACAGUGGCAGAGCAGGCGGGCGGUAUUGAACCUCUCUUUGAUUAUUUCUUCGGUUUUCUUUGUCGGAAGACAGACUUUUUUACCGUGGGCCGCGCUGCGUGCAAGGACAUGCUAGACAAGUCUUUCCGCAAGUGGACAGACAAAGCCACUGAAAAAGCCGAGAGAGAGCGCUUACAACGUGAGGAACAGCAGAAGAAGCAACAGCAGAAGCAGCAACAGCAGCAGCAGCAGCGGCAUCAACAGCGGCAGCAACCAGUAGACCUGAGCAGUAGGCCGAAGGUCGAGGAGCUGACCGAGGAAGAAGAAGCGCUCUUCGCCCCUCCUGAAAGUAAAGCAGCAGAAACACCCUCCACGGCAGCGGAAGGAGCAACAGCCAGUAGCAAAGAAAAGGGAGAGGAAGGAUCUACUUCAGACGACGACAACGAAAGCUCUCGACCGGAGGGCAACGGGGGCCAGACAGACAAGUAUCGGUGGACUCAAACCUUGGAAUCUGUGGAUGUCUACGUGCCCAUGGGCGAAGGCGUGCGGGCGGCGCAGUGUCAAGUGAAGAUAACUGCCACUUCGCUGACUUUGGGUCUUAAAGGACAACCACCGAUUUUGAACGGGGAGUUCUCUCAAAGAGUGCAGGCGGAGGACAGCAUGUGGACACUGGAAGACCGAAAGACUCUCCACCUCAGUUUGGAAAAGACAGACAAAAUGCGUUGGUGGAGUUGCGUCUUGAAAGGCGACCCCGAGAUCGACACCAAGACGAUUGUCCCUGAGAACUCGAAGCUGUCCGACUUGGACCCAGAGACCCGCGCCACAGUCGAGAAGAUGAUGUACGAUCAACAGCAGAAGCAGAAGGGGCUGCCCACGAGCGACCAGCAAAGGCAGGCAGAAAUGCUAGAGAAGUUCAAACAGGCUCAUCCUGAGCUGGACUUUUCGAAUGCCAAGAUUAACUGGGGAGGCUCGGGUUGGGGCGGCUAA